AUGAAUUUAAAAUCAAUCAUUUUCAUUAUCAUUAAUAUCUUGUUUGUUCACGGACUUGAUAUCAAUCCAUUAGAACCUGGAAUUUUAAUGGAAAAAUAUGGAGAAACAGUUUCAGUUGAAAAGUAUCUUAAUGUAGCAGUAAAGUUUAAAUUUUCUGCAUUUAACAUUGAGGAACUUACUAAGACAAUGUCAAUAAUGGAGAAACUUUGCAAGAUGAUAGAAGUGAAAUUUGAGGACGAACAUCCUCUUUGUCAAGAUCAAGUUCAACACAACAAAGCAUUUAUAAACGAAAUCAACGAGAAGUUUGGAUAUCUACAGAAAUUCGGUGACAUUAAUUCAGGCGGAACUGCCGAGAACUUAGAAGUUAAAGAUUUGAAGACUUUUGAAUUUACUGAAGAAAUUUCUAACAAUUUAGCUACGAAAAUCGAUCAAAUUUCAACAUAUAUAAACUCAACAUUAGACAAAGUUUCCAAAAUCUCUGGAAGUCUUACAGUCAAGGCAGGAGAAUGCACAGAAAGGAUUGUCUCCAUUUCAUUUAAGUUUGAGGAUUUAAGAAGCUACUUCAAGAACAAGCUUAGUGAAAUUGAAAGAAUCAUCGAUAGUGCAGCAAAGUUGGAAGUCAGCCCAUUGCUGUUGAGCACAGGAUUCAAGGAUAUGCUGAAAUCUAUAAAAGUCGAGAAGCAUCGUCAAAUUAUUGACUUUGAUAAAAUGGAUUUUGCUGACUUCAAAGUUUUGAGUAAAGUUGCUGUACAUAAAGACGAUAAAGCUUCUUACAUCAUCCUGUCAUUACCGAUGACUGCAAAGCAGAACGACAGUUACGAAUUAAUUCAACUAAGACCGAUCCCAAAACUCGAAGACAAUAUCUUGACAUUUAUAAAUUUGGAAGCAAAUUUCAUAGUUCGAAAUGAAAACAGCGAUGGAAGUUAUGUCCAGCUAGAAAAUCUGAACGACUGCAAAUAUUAUGAUAAUAAAUACUAUUGUGAUAAUUUGAAUUUCAUCCACAAACCAUCGAACAGUUGCAUCGCUCUAAUCCUCAAGAAUCAUCGAAAAGAUAAUUUGAUUGAAUUUUCAAAUUUAUCUUCUUGCAAGCUAUCAGCUAUGGCAAUAUUUGCCAACAUUGCUAUCAAACUUCAUGCUAAAAAUUCAUAUUUGGCCAUUUUAUCAAAGAAAGCUGAAUUAUCAUUCAAUUCAGGAUUACGAAAGAUCACAAAAGGCAUUUUUCUCAUCCAUGAAAAUAAACCUGGAAGUAUAGAAAUUGAUGGAAUUGAACUUAAUUUCCAUAAAGAUUUUCAUGAUGCAGGAGAAUUUCAAGUCAUGUCAGAAGUUCAAGCUUAUUCUUAUUCAUCCCCUAAACAUAGUCAAUUAUUCGAUUUAAAUAGAAUGGAUUUUCGCAGAAUAACAUCACCAAAAUUGUCAUCAUUUGAAGAACUUAAUGAGUUAUCAACAGACGUUGAGUGUUUAUCUGAAAAAUUUUUAAACAACAUGGCAAACUUGGCUUCAAUGUUGAUAAUUGUAUUUGGUUUGGGACUUGUUGCUUUUGUUUUGAUCUAUCAUUCAAAAGUUCAUGAUAAUUUUAGGAAAAUUUUGAAAAUGUUGUAUGGAAAACGCAAGUAUGUUGUUAAAAAUUAUGGAAGUCAACAGUGCCAAUGAACUUAAUAAUGUCGUAAUAAUUGAAAGAAAAUAAGAGUUGAAUAAAGGAAAUAUAUGAUUAAGG